AUGCAGCGUGCUGAAGGUGUGCAAGAAGCUCGAAGCUUGUGGCCGCAUAUGGCACAUAUCUUGGAGAUCGUCGCGGAGUGCUCAACGCCGGAGAAGUGUACACAACGUGAUGCACUCGCACGUCUGCUGGCUGUCGCCGACUACUAUCCCAAUCAGCUUGAUGACACGCUUAGGACAGCUGUGCUGGCAGUUCUGAGGAAGAUGGAGUUCGCGGGAAGUCAGCCGGUUGGAGCUCAAGCCGUUCUUGACCUGCUAGCACAGGCAGCAGUACAAACAAGGUGCUUGGCUCCCAUGAAUGCCCUGCUGGGCAUGUUCGAAGACGGUGCUCCCAGAGCAAAGCUUGUAAGACAACAUUGCGCUUUGCUGCUCCAGAACAUGCUGGAGAUCGCACCUGCAAGUCAUGGCAAACGUCUAGAGGCUUGCUUUCUUCAGCUGGCUGCUGACAAGGCAGUCGCUGUGAGAGGCUUCGCGAUCCCGUGCCUGGCAUCGUUGGGAACACGAGCAGCGAUUGCUGCAUUGGUUGAGAUGACGUGUAGUGACCUGGUGUGCAAGGUACGUUUCGAGGCACUCAAAGCUCUGAGCUUCCUGAAGGCAAACCAUGCAUUGGCCCUGGAACCGCACCUAAUGGAGAUGCUGAUGGAUCGAUCCAUGGACAUCUCUCCACGAGUUCGAUGCAGUUUAUUCAGUCUUUUUGGCAUGACGUGUCCGUUUUCUUCUCCAAGGCUUCGUGGCUUACUCAGGCAAGGUUUGGUGGAUACAGAUGCAAGCGUGCGGCGAGAAUGUGAGUCCAUGCUCCGGUCAUGGCUUGCACCUGUAGAUGGUGAGGAGAGCAAGGAUCAUGAAGAUCAUGGUGCGACAUCUCGUGUGCUGAAGCUAAUCGAGCACUUUUUUGUCGCCCUUCCUUGUCAGAACGAGCAGACUGAAACGCUGGUUGAGGCCAUCUUGCACAGGCUCCUGGAGAGGGACAGCCUGGACAGUGGGGAUUUCGUGUAUGUUGGGGAACAGGCUGUUCGGCUUCUCUUGCAUGGUGAGACUCUGGACAAAGCACAGAUCAUGCUCGGCCGUGUUGCUAUCUCGAUGGAUCCGGGCGUUUGGAAUCUUACUGACGCUCUGAAGGGCUCUCUGCUGCUUCGGAAAACGUUGGAGGCCCUGGACUCUGGCAACACUUCCGCACUGCGUCAGCUUCUCAUGGUCCUUCUCAAUGCAACUAUCUGCGAUGAGGUGGCAGCAAAAACUUUAUUGCAGAUAGCAACUGCGACACUGUUGCGCUGUCCGCUUGGGGAGGCUUCCCCAAGACAGUCUCGUGGAAGUGCUUUUGCUGAAGAAUGCGUGCAGAACGUGGCGUCAGAUCCUUUUCGAUUAGCCGUCCUGCUGGCCCGACAGUCUCUGCAAUCUUCAGCUUCGGAAGGGAGGACACGCCAGCGAAGCAACAAUCAAGUGGAGUCAGCCUUGUCAGAGUCCAUUCAGACGGUGCUUCGCGUGCUUGUGGCGAGAGCCAAAGCCAGUUUUCCGUCAGCAGAACUCCACAACGAAGACGGUGGCUUGUCCGAAAUCACCAAGGAUAUCGCAGCAUAUGGGGCAGCGGUCUGCAAUUUGCAGCAAAGAAUUCAAGAACUUCGCGCCAGGUGUCAGCAGCUCGCCGGCGCUAGAAACUUCGUGGCUGCUUAUCCGCUGAGGCAGGAAAUGGAACACUUGCAGGAGCAGCGGGAGGAAGCAGAGUGCAAAGCAGAGGAUGCCUUUGCUGCACUGGGAUCACACCUUGCACGCAUUCUCUGUGUUUGUGAGGCUUUUCUGUCUUACAGAGAGGCCGAUCUCGAGGAUGAUUUUCCUUUAGAUGUCCUUCGCCAGGCCCUGAUGCUAGUCGACUCCAUCCCGUCUGGUAUUGGUUCAACCUCCUGGCCGACGUUGCGUGCCCAAGCUAUCCGGUGCAUUGCUCUGCAUGCAUCGGUCUCUCUGGAAACGGCUGUGCAGCACCGAUGUUUUUUUCACUCGGUGCUCGGGCGGUACGUCCCGGAAGUUCUGUCAUCCGUGCAUCCCCACCUUCAUGCCGCUGCAGCAGCGGAAGACAUAAUCCAGACGUCCGUGUCCUUUCUCAUCGAUACGCUGUUCCUUCAUGACCUGGAAACCUGGGACUCGUGUGAUCCCGAGACCGGCAACCUCGGCGCUCAUAUCCAGGACCAUUCAGACGAGAUAUGUGAGCACAUAGCCCCCCUUCUAGCAGGCCUGGGAGGCCAGCGUGGAAGCCACUCCCUGCGUGAAGCACUCGCUUCGCGUUUCUGUACCCUUCUCCUUUUUCGAGGCAUUCAAAACGCGUCGACAGCGUAUUGCUGGGUGGCUGCCUGGUUGCUGCAGAACGCAUUUGCAGAAGCCGAUCUCAUCGAACCUUCCCGCAGUUUGGAGGCGGCUGUGUUGAGCGGACGGCUGCUAAGAUUCUUCGCAUCUUUGCGGCGACUCUCCUCCUGCCACUUGGAGGUGCUGGCCGUUGCUGCCAAGGGCUUCUUGUUCUUUGACAUGUGGCAGCUACCAGAACUAGCAGCUUCUCAUUCCAUGCCUUCUAUGAUUUUGUCACGUGCUGUCAGAUUCGUGAGCCGGGAGCUCUCCAGCGCGGAAGGCGUUGAUGCAGCAACGGAGUGGUGGCUUCAUUGCCUUUGGCGUCCAUUGGCCCUACUCUGCCUGGAAAGAGCAGCCCUUGGAGUGGAUGGGGAUCCGAGAAUGCUAUGCACACUUCCGCAGGCACUUCUUGCUGCCCUUUCUGGAACUGAGCCAUCGGGUAGCAACUUCGCCUUUGCUCCAGAGCCUCGGCGAGUGGCCAUGGCAUCAGAGGUGGCCUGGGUUUUGAACCGUUUUGCCGAGCUUUGUGGCUGUUGGAAUAGGUCAAAGUCGAGUCGAAAGCUUCAUCGAGAAGGGCUCCCCGAAGGUCUUCUCGUGCAGAGAGCACGCCUUGCAUCCUUCUGCUCCGCGUGUUCGGAUCGAGAGUCUCAGGACUGGCAGGCCAUCUACACCUCUGCAGCGAAGGAACGGUCGAGGCUGCGGCACGACAUUGAGAAGCUUGGUGUAGUGGCAGCCGGCUCGUCUGCAAUACCCCGGGGCACGGAAGGCUGUCGAACCAAGCGUCAGCGAUGUGGACUUGCAGUGCCGCUGGAGAGCGCAGAUAUCAUCGAAGACAUCGACUAA